AUGUCAUUCAUACUCGACCUGCUAUCACUGGUGAUCCGCACCGCCCAGUUCCUACAGACCGUCAACGUCCAGUGGGACGAAAUCGACGUGUUUGUUCAUUUGCGAAGAACUGAACAAACGGAAAGCCAUUCGAACGAUGAUGCGCGAGCGAUAUGCCAUUCAGAGGAGGAUAUCGAACGAUCGGAUAUCGGAUAUCUAUUGUCGACGGAGAUCAACAGUACAACUGAAACGACGUCAACGGCCAACAACGAGCGCAAAAUUAUCCUCCGUAGAAAGAACCGACGAAAUCGUCCAUCUUCUGAAACUGGUCAACAUGCUGGCAGGAAAGGACUGCAGCCGCGUGCGAACGUUUUUAAAACGAAAGGCAUAGUGCUUCCUAGUUCUCCUACCCGUUGUGCUCCUCAGAUAAACGAAGUAGUGGAGCAGGUGAAAAAGUUCAAGUACCUCGAGGUCGUGUUUACUGGUGGUGGAAAAUUUGAGGAAGAGAUCGACCAGCGGAUUGGAGCAGGCAGUGGAGCUCUACGUGAAGCAGUCCGAAUCGUUGUUACGAAAGUUGAUAUGAGUCUGAAGAAUAAGCUCUCGGUGUUCAAGUGGAUCUUCAUCCCAUGCUUAUCUAUGGUUACGAGUCGUGGACUAUGGCUGAAAAACUUCGGUCCCGGGUACAAGCGGUUGAAA